AGGCCUUGAUGUGCAGUAAAUGCUCAUCAUUCCGAUUUACGGCCGUUACGAUACGUAAGAGUAUCAGACCGUUGGAGGCUUGCUCGGAUCGUGUUUGUUCGACACCCUCUGAUGCUCGAGCUCGACGCUCGGCCCAGAACAGUAAGGAUACCAAAAUUUGGUUAAAAUAAUUUGCCUAAAAAGGAAAUGAUGUAAACCAACCGAAGUGAAUAAUUAUAAAUAGUUGCACCCUAAGAGUUAUAACAUUCACAAUCUCUUGAAUUAAUCACAAAUUAUAGCAAAAAAGCUUAACCAUGGUGAUGAUCACUCAAUACCAAACCUUCCUUUACAAAGAACUUUUUAUCUCCUUUUUCAUUUUCUUGAUAACCUGUUUCAUCAUAAGUUUUCUCUUAAAAAAAAACCUUAAAAAACUUCCACCGGGCCCAAAAUGUUAUCCAAUUGUAGGUGCACUCCCACUAAUGGGAACCAUGCCUCAUGUUACCCUAUUCAAAAUGUCACAAAAAUAUGGACCCAUAAUGUACCUAAAAAUGGGAUCAAACAACAUGGUUGUAGCAUCAACUCCUUCUUCAGCCAAAGCAUUUCUCAAAACACUUGACCAAAAUUUCUCCAAUAGGCCGAAAAAUGCCGGCGCAACUCACAUAGCUUAUGAUUCACAAGACAUGGUUUUUGCAGACUAUGGAUCUAGGUGGAAAUUACUUAAGAAACUAAGUAACUUGCACAUGUUCGGCGGACAGGCUCUCAAAGACUGGUCGAAAGUUCGUGCGGAUGAAGUGGGUCAUAUGAUUCAUACAAUGUACGAUUGUAGUAAGAAAGACAAAUCUAUUGUUGUGGCCGAAAUGUUGACAUGUGCUAUGGCCAAUAUGAUAGGUCAAGUUGUAUUGAGCCGUCGCGUGUUCGAAACAAAAGGUUCUGAAUCAAAUGAAUUUAAGGAUAUGGUUGUUGAGCUAAUGACAACUGCCGGAUAUUUUAACAUUGGUGAUUUUAUUCCAUUUCUUGCUUGGUUGGAUCUUCAAGGAAUUGUACGAAGUAUGAAGAGUUUACACAAAAAGUUUGAUGCUUUGUUGACAAAGAUGAUUGAGGAGCAUGUGGCAUCUAGUCAUACAAAUCCUCGGGUUAAGCCUGAUUUCUUAGACAUUCUCAUUGCUCAAAGUAACGAAGAUUCUAAUGGGGAGAAAUUAACACUCACUAACAUCAAGGCAUUACUCUUGAAUCUAUUUAUCGCAGGAACAGAUACAUCUUCAAGUAGCAUAGAAUGGGCCCUAGCAGAAAUGUUGAAGAAUCCCAAAAUAAUGGAAAGAGCUCAUCAAGAAAUGGACCAAGUAAUAGGCAAAGAUCGUCGCCUACAAGAAUCAGACAUUCAAAAACUUCCUUAUUUACGAGCAAUUUGCAAAGAAACAUUUAGAAAACAUCCUUCAACACCACUAAACUUGCCAAGAGUUUCCUUACAACCAUGUGAAGUGAAUGGAUAUUACAUACCAAAAAACACUAGACUAAGUGUGAACAUUUGGGCCAUAGGAAGAGACCCAAAUGUGUGGGAGAAUCCUUUGGAAUUUAAUCCUGAAAGGUUCCUGAGUGGUAAAAAUGCUAAAAUUGAUCCGCAGGGAAAUGAUUUUGAGUUGAUUCCAUUUGGUGCGGGGAGAAGAAUUUGUGCUGGGGCAAGAAUGGCGAUCGUGCUUGUUGAAUACAUUUUGGGAACUUUGGUGCAUUCAUUUGAUUGGAAGUUACCGAAUGAUGCUGUGGAUUUGAACAUGGAUGAGUUAUUUGGGCUUGCUUUGCAGAAAAAAGUUCCUCUUGCUGCUUUUGCUAGCCCAAGAUUGUCUCCAUCUGCUUAUAUUCCUUGAGAAUUACUUUUGCUACCCUACUUAUUCUAGGGCGUGUCCUACGAAAUUACCAUACUAUCCAUGUACGUUACUUAAGUUACGGAAUACUGUCCGUGACUUAAGAUAAGGAGUGGAUGUGUAAACAAUUUCAGAACUCCAAAUGACCAAAACUUGUCUAUCAUGUGCGUUUUUUUUUUUUUUUUUGUUUUUUUAUAAUAAAGUAUGUGUGUUUUUUUUUAUUGCAUAGUAGGUGGGUGCUUUUAUUCUAAAUAACUCUUUUAUUAGGGGGUUUUAUCAGCAUAUUAUAUUGUAUGUGUGUACCUUACCAAAAAAAAUUGUAUGUGUUUUAUUAGUAAUAUUUGAAGUAUGCUGAUUUUCUUUUACAAAA